AUGGCAAGAAAUACCUUCCCAGGAAUUAGUCACAGCGGCGAUGUCACCGAUGGACAUGAUCUCCUACAUUUUGUCAAGAUCAACAAGGAGACACUCACGGAGAAAGAAAUCUGCGUGUUUAUAUCUGGCUUCCAGUUGACCCCCAUAACAAAGUUCUUAGGAACCCACCCUGCUUUGCUCGUCGCCGAUCAUAUGGACAAGGUCCUUUAUAUCGUGCCAGUACCCUUGGAUGCAGCGACAAUCGGAGACGCAACCAUCUGUUGCCCACUGGUAAUAAAGCGCGACGGGGACUACUUGAUCUGUUCAAUUUUGUCGACGGCAACAACAGACCGAGAGAAAAGCUGCUCCGCUAAAACGUUAGAAAGCGCUUCAUUCCCCGAGGCGAUCCAUCGCGCCGAUUUCACCUUAUCUGCUACUUCCCCAACUGUUACAAAAGAUGCAGCCGCAAUAGGAAAUUCAACCGAAGAAAAUACUAGAUCCAGUUGCGAAAGCCUGCGCAAGAUCGCGAAAGGAAAUGCCGUGUUUACCACCGAUUUGGCCACUCUCCCUUCCUUCCUUGAUUUAGAACAGGCACAAAUCAUACGUUUCGGGACUGGCAUUGAAUUCAAGCUACCAGAUGAAGAGCUGCCAAUAAAGGCUGAGCCAUCUGCCGUUGUUUUGCCAUGCAUAUUUGGUUCCCAGCUUCAAGGCCCAUUUCUAUUGGCAACCGGAACGGUCCCAUCCAAUGUUCCCUUCGUCGACGAAAUUGCUAUCCGGGACUAUUACAAGAAACUCAAGAAUGUCGUGGUUGUUGUCGAUGAUCGAAUGACAGAUAAUGCCCGUAAUCUUGCAACUGUCUACAGAAUCAAUGCAAUCUUCAUCGUGCAACUCAGUCCACAAACCCAGCCCAAGACUACCGAAGACAUCAUGUCAUUGUUGAACUCAGCGAACAUCAAUGCGGUAACAGCACUCGCAGGACCACAAUCCUUGAUUCUAAUCCAAAUCUGCGAAAGGUAUUACUUCUACCGAGGCAUUGCUAAUCGGGCACACAUCAACACGUCCACAAUGGAAUUUGGCUCUGAUGUGACAUCAAUACUCGAGUCCGUCGGUGUGGAAUCCCUGCUAGAUCCGAGAAUUGAGCGCAUCGUUACUCUCGGCGAUGCAAAUCCGAUCAUUCUACCCACUUCAGGCCAGUUGAUCCAGCCUCGAGAUCUUCAAAAGUUGUUCGAAGACCUUUCAACAGACCAAAUCAAAGAGCUCGAAGAGGACAUAUCGGCAGCAGUUCCCCAGCUGCAAAUACUCUUGAACGAGAAGGACCUACGAGAGCUAUCGAGAGCCUUAGUAUUUGCACUCUCUGCAAAGAUCAGCCACGCAACAACUACAUUGCGAACCGCCUACACCAAAUACCUAACUCAAGAGUACAAAAUGGCAGAUCGCGAAUCGGCCAAGAAGAAAAAUGCUAUGCUUGGAAGACUGAGAAAGGUCACCAGGGAGGCGCAGAUUGCACUUGAGCCGCUCAUUUCGAGCUUGGCCAACACAAUGUCUUCUCAAACGACUUCAAAGCGGACACACGAUCUGAAGAGACUUGUUCGCCAAACCCAGAUUCAUGCCAAUGUCGAGGCCGUUAAAUCCAUGACUUUUGACACUCUGGCAGGAUACCUUGAAACAUAUGCGGGAGAUAUGGGAGUCAUGCUAUUGAAUAUCGACACAUCAUCCUAUUCCCAGCUUUUGAGCAAUCUGAAAAGCACCACCAUCGAUGCCAGUUCAUGCUGCGACCUUGAUUCGAGAGUUCUACAUCUCGAGGGAUUCGACGCAGGAAUCAUCAUAGAGCAGUCGCAGGCCAACCACAAUGGCCCACUCCAAAAUCUGAACGGUCCCUCCAACCCAAUUUUGGCGUUACCGUACCUGAGCCAAGAAUCCGGCACUGGAUCGAUGUUAGCUUGGGUCUGUUGGGAUGAAUUUGUUAACCUCAAAAGUCCCUACACCGUGAGAUGGAUGGAGAAGUGCAAUGAAGCGCACAUUGCUGCGCUAAGAAUUAUUAUGAGGUCUACCCUUAGUCAAGCUGUGGCGGCUCGAGAGCAUAACAUCCAACCUAACAGCCCAGAGACUACCCAUCUUAUGAGCGCUUUGCUGAUGGCGGCUAUGUCGAAGCUCGCGGCAAUGAGGACAACGGCGCCGGUCGUGUCACAGGAGGCCGGGGAUACCGUCACGAGAUUGAUGCGAGGGCUCUUCGGCAAUCUGUUGACAAUAGCAGGUUCAGGAGUGCGCCCUCAAAGCAUGGUCUGGCAGCUGUUUGGUUUGGAUCCUCAAUAUGAUAUUCCCAGAACCAAUGUUGAGUGGAUUUGGUACAAAACUGUGGUCGCUUUGUAUCCUUACACGGGAUGGCCUCUUGAGCAGUUCUACGAAAACCUGGAGAAACUCCUGGACAAGGUCAUUGUCCGCGUGGUGACCAAGAACGAAAAGGUGGAUCGGGUGAGAUUAAGCCGGAUAGCUGAGAUGAUCAGGUUUUCCAAACUUCGGAAUAUUCAGCUUCACCAUUCUCGCACAAUUAUCAUCGUCUUUAUGCGAAUGCUUACAGCGGGGGAGUCUGAAAUCGCUACCAUCGCAACUCGUCUGCUAGAGCAGCUUCCACAAAAGUUAGAGCGACAGAGUCCGGGCUAUACUAAGAUGAUCCACUAUCUUGAACAUCUUGCCAAGGGAGGCCAACGACGUGCCCACGAUGACCUCGUCGCUGCCAGCACCUACACCUCGCGCUCAGCUGCCUUUAGCGAACUCAAGAGCGAAGUGUCGGAAGCGUGUAAGAACAAAGAAUGGGCCAAGAUGAAGGACACCUGUCAAGCAAUUAUGGAAAAACAUGCCGACAUUGCCUCUCUCUGGCAUGUCAACCCUGAUGACUUGAAAGUUCAAAACAUGAAGGUGUACAAAGAUCUUCUGGAUGCAGACUUCGGGGACGAUAUUGACGAGGCUACCAAGACCAAGAAUCUCGAACUGGGCAGAAAAGCCCUUGGCGAUGCAGAGAAACAGCGUGUUCCUUGGCAAGUUGGGAAGAAAGGGGAAUUCGGCAAUGGCAUCGAGCCUCUGGAUGAGGUCUUUCUUCACGAAAUUCUGACAGGAGAAAAGCCAGAAUCUCUCCCAGCCGUCGAUUCAGCUGGGCAAUCAGGAACAGAGAAAACUGCCAUGAUUGAAACCGAGGCAGGAAGUGAAUUCGUGCAAUUCGAAUCGUCGAUGGAGUCCGGCUUCAUCACUACGAUGCAGAAAGACCUUUCUGCCGAAAGUGUCUGCCGUAUGAUCAAUGUUCCAACUACUGCAAUGCGCGUCUUCACUAAGGCUCUUAAUCCGAACUUUGUGUGGGAAGACUUGGGGAAGAACUAUAAGAGCACAAUUCUCGGGUUGUUGAUGGAUCGUUCGAAUCGGAUAGAGAGUCGCCCUACUAAGAAGUUGUUGGAGCUAGCGAGUGAUAAGACGAAACUUCAAAUUGGCGGGUGA